AGAAAAGGCAUAGUAUCAUGUAGAGGGAGUUAUCUAAACAAUGAAAUGCGUGAGCAACGGUCAUAUCAUCGACGGCGACGAAGCGCAAGUCAGUGAUGGUAGCCGGAGGUUUCUCCUCAGUCGUUCCCAGGUUGAAGAGGGAAGAAUGCAAACGAACAAAGCACGAUUCCAACUUCUCUGAUUGGAAGAUUCUCAUUGGCCCUUCAGAUUGGGAGGAUUAUUCUAGAGGGAAAGAAGGGUCAGCUAGAUACAGAAUUCACAACCUCCCAGAAGAAUCGAGCCCAGGAGUUUAUGAGCUUGGUAUUGCUGUGUCUCCCAUUGGUUUAGGGCGUAACGUUCACAAGCUUCAUCCUAACCGUAUAGUUGGGGUUUACCUUGGAAAGGCUGACAAUGUGAGAACGAGACUCCAACAGUAUGGCCGAACUGGAGCUCAUUUAAGCAAAAACUGCUUAACUUCUGAUCCACACAACAAUCCUGCUUCUAUCCAUAAAGGGCAGGGAUUUUUUGAGGAAAUAUUUUCACAAGGUUAUGCGAUUAGCUAUAGAUGGGCUCCUAUGCAAAACGUAGAAGACGCCAGGAAAACGGAAUGUCAGUUUCUCUGGAGAUAUGAUUAUGCAUGGAACGCGCGUAAUAAUGGAAUCCGGCGCCCGGAUGAUAUUCUUCAGGAGAUUAAUAAAGUUGUUUCAGGUCCUCCAACAUUUUCAAGCAUGACCAAGUUGCUUCAACCUUUCACCCAGAAGCAAGUGGGUAUCCGAAUCAAAUCAAGCAGUAUGCCUUGGCCAGAUGGCAAAUUACACGAAAUAGACACAGGCAACUAUAAUUUCUUACCUGGAGUAUUUAAAUUUAGCAGAUCAAAUCCUAGGUUAGUUCAAGAUGUCCCUGCUAUCAUUGAGGAGAAUACUACUACAAGAUUCUGUGGAGUGGUCUUGAGUGAUGGUUCUGUUUGUAGAAGACCACCAGCUGAAAGAAGAAUGAGGUGUGUAGAACACAAAGGAAUGAGAAUAAAUGGGCCCGCUUCCAAAAGGACAGUGAAAUCAGAGAAUCUUCUGAGCCUUGAACCCAGUGUACAAUUCCAACAAAAGAGCGAAGGCUAUGUGAAACACCCUCAAAAAAUUGCAGUUGAAGAUCCUUUUUAUGGAAGCAUUGCAAAUAUAUGUGGAAUCAUUUUGAAUGAUGGCACUCGCUGUAGAAGACCACCUGUUGAAGGGAGACAGAGAUGUCAUGAACACAAAGGGAAGAGGAUCGACGUGUCUAUGUACGCAUCUGCAACAAUUGUAAAGCCACAGUUUCUGCAAAACGUUGCAUCAGAAUCUGACUACGUGAAAAUUCCUAAAAAUUUCACAGUUGAGAGUUCUCUUGACCAGAGAAUUACCAGUAUAUGUGGAAUCAUUUUGAAGAAUGGCUCUCCUUGUAGAAGACCACCAGUUAGGGGGAGAAAGCGAUGUCAUGAGCACAAAGGGAACAGGAUCGACGCGUCUACGUACACAUCUGCAACAAUUGUAAAUUCACAAUUUCUACAAAACGUUGCAUCAGAAUCUGACUACGUGAAAAUUCCUAAAAAAUUCACAGUUGAGAGUUAUCUUGACCAGAGAAUUACCAGUAUAUGUGGAAUCAUUUUGAAGAAUGGCUCUCCUUGUAGAAGACCACCAGUUAAAGGGAGGAAAAGGUGCCUUGAGCAUAAAGGGAAGAGAAUCUAGUGCUCAUAGUCCGAGUACAAAAUAAAUGCCAGAAUUAGCUGUGAGCAGCUUAGGCUUCCAUAAAGAGGAUCUGUUAAAUCACCAGUUGCUUGGAUUAACUAGCUAGGGAAUUAAUUCCUCUUAAUUAGAGGUUUCGAGUUUGAACUUUGGAUAUGUAGCAAUGAUUAAAUUCUUGGAAGGAGGUAUGCCCCCUAAAGAGAUGUUCACAAGCUGCUGACUAGAUUAGUCUAAUUCAAAGAUCUAGGAUACUGGAGUGAAAGCAAAAAAAUGGUCUUGUUGCGUAGUGCAUGGGAUGAAUUUCUAGUUUGUGUUAAUUUUAUAUUAUAUAAUGUUUAUAUAGAAAGCCAAUAUGAUUAUAUCUGGCUUAUGACCAGCGUCUUGAUGUAAGAUAUGUAAAUUGUGUGUCUUGGUGAUUUAUGUAAUAUUUGUAUGUUAUGAAUUUCUAGUUUGUGUUAACUUUGAUUGGAUCAUGGUUUAAUUGCAUGAUUAUUAUUUCUUUA